GGCUGUGUUUAUAUGCCAAUAGGAAAGCUAUCUUUUAUUUAUCAUUGGCUAAAAGUUUGUUGAAGAAAGUAUUUAGUUGCAUAAAGUUUUCAGUACUUUUUGAACUACAAAUCUGUUAGCAUGAAGUUAGUAAGGUUUUUGAUGAAGCUUAGCCAUGAAACAGUAACAAUCGAGUUGAAAAAUGGAACUCAGGUCCAUGGUACUAUAACCGGUGUAGAUGUCGCAAUGAAUACGCACCUGAAAGCAGUUAAAAUGACGAUCAAAAAUCGGGACCCCGUUCAGCUUGAUUCGCUCAGUAUUCGAGGAAACAAUAUACGUUAUUACAUCCUGCCCGACAGCCUGCCGCUGGAAACAUUGCUGAUUGAUGAUGCCCCCAAGACCAGAGCCAAGAAGCGCGAAGCGAAUCGUGGCGGACAACGGGGACGAGGCAGAGGCACUCGCGGCGGUCGUGGUGGUCCCCGUGGCGGCCGCGGUGGUCCAAGAGGUCGAGGCAGACGUUAAACAAGUCGGCAGUUGCAUACGUUUACAUUUUAACUUUAUAUCAAGCAUUAAUGCUAGAUAUUUCCCAGUAAACAACCGGUUCACUCACCCAAUAACAUAUGAUACGAACAGUAAAUCCAUAGAAUAAAGUUCUU